AUGAACAGUUACUUUCUCAAAAUAUCGUUUGCAGUGUUUGUGUGCAUUCUGCAUAACAAACUAUUCGUUCUUGGAUUCAACUCGCGAUCACAGAGUUCACAAGUUAAAUGCAUAGAGAGGGAAAGACAAGCACUCCUCAAUUUCAAACAAGGUGUCCAAGAUUACUAUGGCGUGCUGUCCACGUGGAGGAACGAUGAAAAUGACACAGAUUGUUGCAGAUGGAAAGGUAUUGAAUGCAACAAUGAAACUGGUCACGUAGAAAUGGUUGAUCUUCGUGGUUCAAAAUCGCAUUAUUUGUCAGGUUCAAUCAAUAUCACUUCAUUGGUUGGCUUGCAUAAAUUGGAAUAUUUGGAUCUCAGCUCUAAUUAUCCUUUCUUUGAUGACGGUCAAAUUCCACCCUCCAUAGGCUCCUUUCAAAGCUUAAGAUAUCUCAAUUUGUCAUUUUCAACUUUUUUUGGGACAAUUCCAUAUGAACUGGGAAAUCUCUCAAAAUUAGAGUAUCUAGAUCUUAAAGAAACUUAUAUUCAUGGAGAAAUUCCAUCUCAACUAGGGAAGCUUUCAAGUAUGCGAUAUCUUGAUCUAAGUCUCAAUUUUCGCAUCAAUGGAGAGAUUCCUUCUCAACUUGGAAGUCUGUCACAUUUGAGGUAUCUUUAUCUGUCAGGAAAUUCGCUUUCCGGAGCACUCCCGUUUCAGGUCGGAAAUCUUCCUCUCUUGCAUUCUCUUAGACUUGAUGGAAAUUUUGGUCUUAAAAUAAAAGAUGAAAAUUGGCUAUCUUCUCUCUCUUCGUUAACAACUCUAAGUCUCGAUUGCUUUCCUUAUCUUGGCAUCUCUAAUAUCAGUGAGCAUCUUCCAAACUUAAGAGAGUUAAGUCUAGACUAUUGUGCACUUUCAGAUGCUGAUAUUUCACUUUUGUUUCCUUCUCAUUCCAACAUUUCCACUUCACUUUCCAUCCUUUCUCUCUCUAAUAAUAAGUUGACGUCAUUAACAUUUCAAUUGUUGUCCAACUAUAGUCCUAAUCUCCAAGAGUUGUAUCUUUCUGCUAAUAACAUUGUUUUGUCGUCUCCUAACUAUCUAAACUUUCCUUCUCUUUUGAUACUUGAUCUGUCUUCUAAUAAUCUGACUCAAACAUCAAUAUUUCAAGAACAUCUCAACUUCAGCACCAAACUACAACAGCUUACCCUGUUUGAUUGCGGCCUUACUGAUAAAAGCUUUCUUGUGUCAUCUUCUUACACUAAAAAUUCUCUUUCUCUUGUCACCCUUGUUAUCUCAAACAAUCUGUUGAAGUCACCCGUUGUAUUUCACUGGGUUUGCAACUUUACUGCCAAUCUUCAAAGUCUUUUCCUAGAGAAUAACUUGUUAGAAGGUCCCAUUCCAGAUGGAUUCGGAAAAGUUAUGAACUCUCUCAAAUUACUUAAACUUAAUUAUAACAAACUAAGAGGCGAGAUUCCAGCUUCCCUUGGGUAUGUUUAUCAGUUGCAGUCUCUUCAUCUUGAGGAGAAUUACUUGGAAGGUGAUAUCAAUGAACUGCACCUCACAAAUUUAUCCCAAUUGAUACAGCUAGAUUUAUCAGACAACUCAUUGUCUCUGAAUUUUGCUACCACUUGGACUCCACCCUUCCAAUUACGUAAAUUGGGCCUAGCUUCUUGCAAGUUGGGUCCUAACUUCCCAAGUUGGCUCCAGACUCAAAGUCAGCUAGAAUUUCUGGAUAUUUCUGAUGCAGGAAUUGAUGACUUUGUACCAAAUUGGUUUUGGAACAACUUACAGUUUAUAAGUGAAAUGAAUAUGUCUUCCAACGGUCUCAAAGGUGUGAUACCGAAUUUAACGAUGAAGUCUGUUCUCUAUGGUUCCCAUGUAAUAAUUCUAAAUUCAAAUAAACUUGAAGGUGUAAUUCCUAUAUUUUUGUCACACGCUCGCAUAUUGGAUCUGUCACGCAAUAAUUUUUCAGAUUUAAAUACAUUAUUGUGUGGAAAUAGAGUGACAAAAAAUAUGUAUACUUUGGAUCUGUCAAAUAAUCAAAUAGGAGGACAACUACCUGAGUGUUGGGAACAUCUAAGUUCACUAGAAUUUCUUGAUCUAAGAAAUAAUAAAUUAUCUGGAAAGAUUCCACAGUCCAUGAGUACUCUUGUUAACUUGCAGGCUCUGGUCCUACGAAACAACAAUCUUAAUGGAGAACUGCCACUCACAUUGAAGAAAUGUUCAAACUUAGCUUUCUUAGACGUGAGUAAGAAUUUGUUGUCUGGUCCAAUACCUUCUUGGAUAGGGGAAAAUAUGCAACAAUUGAAAAUCUUGAGCUUGCGAGUAAAUAACUUCUUUGGAAGUGUUCCUAAGAAUCUUUGUUAUUUGAGUCAAAUUCAUGUCUUGGACCUCUCAAAGAAUAACUUGUCAGGUGAAAUACCAACGUGUUUAAGAAAUUUUACCACGUUGUCAAUUCCAAGGGAAAUUGUAAGGAUACGAAAAAUUUCAUCUCAGGUAACUUAUUACGACUUAUAUGACUCUUACUUAUUAUUGGCGUGGAAAGGUCAGGAUCAUGAGUUUUGGAAUCCAAAGAAUCUUCUUAGGAGCAUUGACCUCUCGAGUAACAGUUUAACAGGUGAAGUACCCACAGAGAUUGGAUAUUUACUUGGAUUGGUUUCUCUGAAUUUAUCAAGAAACAACUUUUAUGGAGAGAUUCCUUCUGAAAUUGGGAAUUUAAGUUCGCUGGAAUUCCUAGACUUAUCAAGAAAUAAUUUCUCUGGCAAUAUUCCUUCUACUCUUCCCAACAUAGACAGUCUUGGAGUGUUAGACCUAUCAAACAACAAUUUCAGUGGAAGAAUCCCAUGGGGAAGACAUUUUGAGACCUUUGAUGCCUCUUGUUUUGAAGGAAAUAUUAAUCUUUGUGGAGAGCAACUCAACAAAAGUUGUCCAAGAGAAGAGAUAAUAGAAGAAACUCCACAACCAGCAAUCGAUGGAGAAGAAGAGAAUUCAAAUUUCUACGGAGCAUUAUACAUGAGCUUGGGGCUAGGUUUCUUUGUAGGCUUUUGGGGCUCAAUAGGAUCAAUGCUACUUUGGCAACCAUGGAGAAUUGCUUACAUGAGAUUCUUAAACAGACUGAUAGACUAUGUACUUGUAAUGACUGAAUUGAACGUGACCAAGUGUCAUAGGUGGCUCAAAGGAUAG